UUAUUCCAAUGAACUUUUAUGUCAAGGAGAAUGUCAGAUUUGAACGCUCAAGGAGUGCAAUCGUCACAGACGAGGAGACAUCACAUCUGUAUAAUACAGCCUCCCGGCACACGACAGAAGGAGCAGCAAAAUGUCCAUUGGAGUGAUGCAAAAAAAAAACCCACACAUUACAAAGCUGCACAAAGCUGAGCUGUAAUGGAUUGAUGGCAUUUUGCUCUAUUAUUGUUAUGAGCGCCGUCAGAGACAUAAUUAAGAUCGUAUGUCAAGGCAACACGACGCACACAUCCGCUAUGAUCUGUGCGAGACUUUUUCAGUGAAGGGAUGGGCUGUCUCCGGCCCUGGGUGGAAAGAGAUGGAGAGAGAGAGCGAGAGAGAGAGAGAGAGAGAGAGAGAGAGAGAGAGAGAGAGAGUCCUUUCUGGGGCUGCGGAGAGGAGGGCAGAACAGCAGGGAGCCACAACGCCGAUCGACCGACCGACUUGACUUCAACUGCGCUCGGAUCCCAACCACGCCCCGCGAGGGCAGGACAGGGCAGCAUCCACACGGGGAGGUGUAGCCCGGCCGGCAGGUGUCCCAGCUUCCGCAAUGAAAGCACCAAAGAGCCGCUGAAGGGAGCCAUGAAGUUCGGGAAGAGCAUCUGCGUGCUGAACGUCGGGGGCACCCGCUACGCCUUCACCCGCGACGUGAUCCGGGAUUUCCCCCUGAGGCGCGUCAGCCGCCUCCACGCGUGCGCCACCGAGAAGGAGGUGCUGGAGCUGUGCGACGACUACGACCGCGAGCGCAACGAGUUUUUCUUCGACCGCCACGCGCAGGCUUUCGUCUUCAUCAUGCUCUACGUGCGCUCCGGGAAAUUGCGCUUCGUCCCCGGCGUGUGCGAGCUGUCCUUCUAUACCGAAAUGCUCUACUGGGGGCUGGAGAGCGCGCAUUUGGACUCCUGCUGCCAGAAGCGCCUGGACGAGCGGCUGUCCGAGGUCGGGCUGUCCGACGGUGGGCUCUCCCAGGAGGGGGACGCAGUGGAGGGGGCGACCCAGAGCCCGGUGGGAGAACCGGCGGCGGUGAUGGAGCUCACCCGGCGCGCCAAGUGGCUGGAGAGGGCGCGCAGGGCGUUCGAGGAGCCCAACUCGUCGCUCGGGGCGCAGCUGCUGGCCACCGUGUCCGUCGUCUUUGUCAUCGUGUCCAUGGUGAUGCUGUGCGCCAGUACACUGCCUGAUUGGGACACGGCCAAGAGGAACACCGUGGAGGAGCACAGGAUCGUGGAGGCCGUCUGCAUCGGCUGGUUCACGGCCGAGUGCAUCCUGCGCUUCCUUGUGGCGCGGGACAAGUGGGACUUCCUCCGCCGGCCGCUCAACAUCAUCGACGUGGUGGCCAUUACGCCUUAUUAUGUCACCAUGGCGAUGGCCCGGGCGGGGAUGCCCGGCGCCGGGCUCGGGGUGGCGGGCGUGUUCCUGCGUGUGCUGCGCAUGAUGCGAGUGUUCUGGCUCAUGAAGCUGGCCCGCCACUUCCUGGGGCUGCAGACGCUGGGGCUGACGCUGCGCCGCUGCUACCGGGAGAUGGUGAUGCUGAUGGUGUUUGUCUGCGUCGCCAUGGCGAUUUACAGUGCCCUGGCACAGCUACUGGAGCACGGCUUGGAUUUGGGCGCACGCAACCAGGACUACGCGAGCAUCCCCGCCGCCGCCUGGUGGGUCAUCAUCUCCAUGACGACAGUGGGGUACGGGGACGUUUACCCCAUCACCAUCGGGGGGCGGGUCCUCGGGGGGAUGUGCGUGGUGAGCGGCAUCGUCCUUCUGGCGCUGCCCAUCACGUUCAUCUACCACAGUUUUGUGCAGUGCUACCACGAACUCAGACUACGCUCGGCCAGGUAUGCUCGAAGCCUUUCGGUGGAAAUACUACAGUGAACAUUUUCCGGAUGCCUUGCACAAUAGAAAUCAACCGAAUGAAAGUUCACGGCAUGCCCAGUUCCUCACGGGUAGAUGCACGUUUGCAAAUUACGCGUCCUGUAAUUCAUCACUGUAAAGAACACAACUUGUAGUUUGGGGCCUCAAACUGUCAAUUUUGGCGUGACAAGCUGAGAUUCACCUCCUAAUAUUUAUCUUUGACUCAAAAGCUGUACUGAUCUCAAAUCCAAACCAUCCACGGGCAGCUGGUAUCCAUCGUGGUUUAUCAACCUAAAUUUCAAAUGCAGGCCGGCCGGGACCUGCCACCAUGCCUACGCGCUGAAAAACGUGCUUUACACAUAUAUUAUGGCAAUAGUCGCAGUAACCCCCCCCCUGCACGAUAAAUAUCAACCCAGUGCCUACAGUUUCUGAAGAAGGGAAAAUCAAGGUAAAGUCUUGUUUUCCAAAGGCCUCUUAAAGCGCGAGCGUGCCCCCUUGAAGCCUACAAAUCAUUAUUUAUUAAAGACCAGACAAAUCCGUUAGUCCCUGCGGAUGGUUGUUUACACUGCAUUGCCAUGGUUACGACAUGUACAGGCGUGUGUGUUUUUGUGUGUGUGUGUGUGUGUGUGUGUGUGUGUGUGCUGUGGCCUUCAGCCAUUCAGUUUGUCAGGGGCUCUGUAUAAGGCUGACCUAGAUGCAUUUAGCAUCUAUAGAGGCGAGGAAUAUGGAGACAAAAAUUGAAAAUUGCCAAAUGUAAAGAAUAAAAAGGGAUGCAGCAGAUGAAAAAUGUGAUGUGAAGCUCAUAACAAAAACAAUAUUGUGUGUGUGUUUGUGUGUGUGUGUGUGUGUUUGUGCGUAUGUGAGUGAGUGAGGGAGGUGGGUUUUUUUUGUACAGUAUUUUCAUCUCCGCGACACCCUCAUUUCAGGCACGCCACUCACUGAGGCCGUCGAUUAGUGUGUUUGCGAUCAAAUAGGGCACAUACACACAAGGUCGUUGCAACACAAGAGGGAGGGGGAAAUGACAUCACAUGCACGCCGACGAAGGUUAUGACGUUCCAUGAAUCACGCCGGCUGCUUAAUGAAGAGCCUCAUCUACUCCCAAACAAAACAAUCCAACACCUCACACCCACACCGCAGUCUCCCGCCACCCCGUUGCCAUCAAUCAAAGAUCAGGCUGGAGUUCAUCUCUUUGGAUUUAAGUGUCAAUUUUUCAUCUCUAACCACAUCGAUAUUCUUUUCGUCUCUCUGGUGUGCUUUUCAAGUAGCAUAAAUGUGACUAAAAAGUUUAAUCAGUGCUGGAUUAUGCUUUUGACUGGGCAGUUAAUAAUUUCGCGACAAACACUUUUUUCAUUUGUGAUGUAUUGAGUGGUUUUGGAAAAAUAAAAGCAAUUGUUGAUCAUUU